AUGACAGGGUUUGGGGUCCUCACGCUGCUGCUGCCCGUCCUGCUGGGCUGGGCCAGCUGCCACCCUGUCCCUGGAAGGAAGAACUUCAACAAGCUGCUGCUGAUCUCCUUCGAUGGCUUCCGCUGGAACUAUGACCAGGAUGUGGACACCCCCAACAUGGACCGGCUGGCCCAGGAGGGCGUGAAGGCCAAGUACCUCACACCACCCUUCGUAACAAUGACGUCCCCGUCUCACUUCACCACCAUCUCAGGUCGCUGGAUUGAAGAUCAUGGAGUCAUUCACAACAUGAUGUUUAACACAGAGACACACUGGAAGUACUCCUUCAAGACCACACAGAAUAAGACUGAAUGGUGGGACAAUGAUGUUCUCCCCCUCUGGAUCACAGCCCAGAGACAGGGGAGGAAGACAGCAUCAUUCCACUAUCCUGGGGGAGGUGCAAAGUACAAAGGGGAGGCUGUCCAGCGGUCCCUGGUGGAGUCUUACACUCACCCAGACAGCAAUGAGACAGAGUGGAGGGAGAACAUCGAUAUUGUCAUGAACUGGUUCACUAAGGAAGACUUUGAUUUUGUGACUCUGUACUAUGGAGAGCCAGAUAACGUGGGUCACAAAUUUGGGCCUGAGACGGAGAACAGAAGGGUGAUGAUUCAGCAAAUUGACAGAACCAUCGGGUACCUGGUGGAAGCCAUUAAGAGGCACAGCUUGACCAAGCACCUCAAUGUCAUCAUCACAUCAGACCAUGGCAUGACCACAGUAAAAAAGAGGCCCAAUGUCACUGAGAUCCUCUUGACAAACUACAUCAAGUUCAAGGACUUGGUCAAGUUUGAUAUCGUGGACUAUGGUGGCUUUGGGAUGAUCCUGCCCAAACCAGGGAAAGAGAAAGCUGUUUACCAAGCACUGAAGAAUGCACAUCCUCACCUCAAUGUGUACAAGAAGGAGGAAUUCCCAGAACGCUUCCAUUUUGCUAAACACAAGCGGGUGCUGCCAAUUGUGAUGUACGCUGACUCUGGUUAUAACAUCAAUGGGCAACUAAUAAUAUAUUUCAACAAAGGAGAUCAUGGCUUUGAUAAUGUCUACAUGGACAUGAAGACCAUAUUCAGAGCUUUUGGGCCAGAUUUCAAAAAGAAUCACCUAGCUGAGCCUUUUGACAGCAUCCACAUCUACCCACUCAUGUGUAAGCUCCUGGGGGUUACCCCUGAACCCCAUAACGGCUCCCUGGCAGUCACCCAGGAAAUGCUUGUGCAACAUGAGCACAAUGAGCAGCAGCCAGCUGCGCAACAGGGAGGGAGCUACGCGUCCGCCAAAAAGUGCCUCGUGAAGACGCGGGAACAGCGAGAAUGA